AUGGUCGCUCCUCCCAUAGGCGUGAUCCAGGCGAAAGAAUUGGUCACCUAUCUCAAGCACACACUCCAGGCGGUCAUUAUGGCGCCUAUUUCAACGAAAGCAUCGAACCCCAAAGGGGGAAAAGGUCUGAAGGGCCUGAAAAAGAAAUUCAAGGCAUCGAAGAGCAAGAUUCUUAAAAAGUAUCGUGAUCACAGCGGCACCGAUACCGGGAAGGACCUCCCACAGGAAGACCCGUUCCCAGGUGAAGCCCCUGUCAGCGAAGAGGCGAAGAAGAAAUUCGGUCGAGUCGAUGACGAGGAAUUGAAUGCUCUCAAGAAGAAUCGUCGUGCAAAAUUCCGGAAUCUAGCGAAAAAGAUCGAGCAGACUGUCAGGUUCGCUGCUAGAUCCGAAAUCCUCCUGCCCGAAGAUCACGGUUAUUUGGAAGCGGAGAAAGGCGAGAAGACCUACCGUUAUACUCAGAAUGAAAUUCAAGAGAAUGUCGAUAUCACCAGUGCUUCAAAGAGAUUCACUCUGGAUCUCUCCCAGUUUGGACCGUACGUGUCGAACUACUCCAGGGAAGGUAGACACUUGCUGCUGGGAGGCCGAAUGGGGCAUUUGGCCGCCUUCGACUGGUUGACGAAAAAACUACUCUGUGAAAUAAAUGUGAUGGAAAGCGUGCACGCUGUCCAGUGGCUGCAUCAGCCGACAAUGUUCGCUGCCGCUCAGAAGAAGUGGACCUAUAUUUAUGACACGGAAGGAAUAGAAUUGCACUGUUUGAAAGCCCUCAAUAAUGUCACCUCGAUGGAAUUCCUGCCGUAUCAUUUCCUGCUCGCUGCAGCCUCGGAGAGUGGAUUCCUGCACUGGGUCGACAUCAGCAUUGGAACAAUGGUUGGACGGAUCAAUACGAAAACCGGAAGAAUACCAUUCCUGAGGAAGAAUCCAACCAACGGCAUCGUAUUGACGGGUCAUCAAAAUGGUGUCGUGCGGAUGUGGUCGCCCAACUCAUCGACAAACGUCGUUGAGCUCCUCGCCCACAAGAGCUCAGUCACCGACGUAGUCGUAGACCGAGGAGGCAGCCAUAUGAUAACUUCGGGACUGGACAGAUCGAUAAAAAUCUGGGAUCUCCGCAUGCUGCGCCCGAUGCAUUCUUACACGAUCGGGAGAGCCCCCACACACCUAGCGUUGUCCGAUAAGAAAAUGUUGGCCGUUACGCUCGCGAACCAAGUGGAAAUCUACCGGGACAUACUAUCGGGUACCGAAGAACCCUAUCUCCGGCAUCAAGUCGCCUCGACCGUUAUGACAGCACAGUUUUGCCCCUUCGAAGACGUUCUGGGUUUGGCUCAUGGGAAUGGAUUCGAUUCGAUUCUCGUACCAGGGUCUGCGGAGGCCAACUUCGAUUCGUACGAGAUCAAUCCCCUGAUGAAUAAGAAACAGAGACGAGAGGCCGAGGUGAAACUCCUCCUGAACAAAAUUCAACCGGAGAUGAUAUGCCUGGAUCCUGACGAGAUCUCUCAAGUCGACGUUCUUAAAUUGCGCGAGAGAAUCGACGCGUCGAAACAAGUCCUGUGGCGGAAGCCGCGUGCUCUGAACCUCGACUCCAUAAUGGCCAAGCGGAAAGGAACAGCCAAGGUUGCCAAGGCUGCCAAGCAGUACAUCGAGGCGGAGCACACGCGGGCAAAGCGAGAGUUCCACGAAGAAACCUUGAAGCAGAAGAAAUCGAAGAAAGUGAAAGACGCCAAGAAGCCGAACCUCGAGGGCUUCCAAGGUGUCUUGGCGAGGUUUCAAUGA